ACGUUUGGGACUAGUUAAAUAAUAAUUUAUUACAAAGCCGCAGCGGUUACGGUAAUUGCAUGAACUUCACGAAAAUCUUCUGUUAGUUGCCGCUCCGCUGUAAAUUUUUCUGUUCUUGACAACCAGCCACUAAACUAGAAGUCUAUGGUUUUCUGAGUUCUAAAGGAAACAAUGGCAGUUCAAGCUUCAUGCAUGGAGCUGGCUUUAGAGGGAGAAAGACUCUGUAAGGCUGGCGAUUGUCGCGCCGGGGUAAGCUUCUUCGAAGCAGCCGUUCAAGUUGGAACUGAAGAUUUGAAAACGUUAAGUGCUGUGUAUAGUCAAUUAGGAAACGCUUAUUUUUACCUCCAAGAAUACGAGAAAGCCUUGGAAUUCCAUCGUCAUGAUCUUACAUUAGCUAGGACGCUCGGAGACAAAGUUGGGGAGGCCAAAGCGAGCGGGAAUCUUGGAAACACGUUGAAGGUUUUGGGCAAAUUUGACGAAGCUAUAGUCUGCUGUACUCGACAUCUUGAUAUCUCGCGGGAGCUUGGCGAUAAGGUGAGAUUAAAGAAUUUAUUGGCUGAAGGUUAUAACUAUCGUAACAAGCGGCAAUAAGACGCGGAAAGUAAUUUUAAUCGUGCAAUUGAGUUCAAAGGUGAAGAAAUCGAAUGGUCACGAACUUCAUGCAUGGAGUCAUCAUCUGCGCGCAAUGGAAUUGAUUGAAAUUGAGCCAAUUUUGUAGUCGUCUAUUUUUUGCACUUCUUUGUUAUCGGAAGUUUAUAUUGUAUAGUACUGCUUCCUUGGACAGGUGUUUUCAACGACAUGCGAUCGAUAUAUUUGUUUCUGUUGCCACAAUUUAUCGAGCUUAGUAAGUGAUUAAAACGAUAAAGAGUAUAGUAUUGUUGCUAUAGUCUCGCUGAAGAAUUCGAUUUAGAUAUCACAUCAAAGAUCGAAUGGUAAUUUCGAAUUCGCUCUUUGUCGCUCAACUUUCUUUUAACUUACAUGUAUUUAUGGGAGAAAUUCAAACCUAGUCCUUGCAGUUCGGUGUUCAAAUGUUCAUACCGUAAAUUUGGCAAGUGCUGACGGCAAAAUAGCGAUCAUUGAUCGCCAUUUAGGGAGCGCUCCUCGGAACAAACCCGUGCUUCUUGUUGUUCGUUGCAAGCUCAAACAUAUUGAAAUAUUAAAAGCUAAUCAUUUGAAUUUUCAGUAAGAUAUAAUCAAAUUGAGCAACAUUUUUUCCUGGAUAAAGAAAUGCGUCGCUGACCCACUUUUAAAUUUUUUGUAUCCAGGGUUUUUACUGAAUGUACGUAAAAACUGAAGGUGUACAUUUCAGUAUUUAUUUAUUAGUCUUUUCAUGGAAAUCAAAGUUUGGUUAAUUGUUUUUAUGUCUCGAUUGAUUUGACCCGGAUCCUUCAAUUAACGAAUUUUUCGGUUUCAUAUUUGACAAUUUGGAGAAAGUUUAGUCAUACUUUAUUCAAACGUGAUGUUUCAUAACUAUUAUCAGUCAGUUAGUAACCAAACUAUGUAAGUUGAUUAUGGCAAUAAUAUGUAAAUUACUUUACCCAAUGCGUAGCUCAGGGGAGGAAGAAACAGACGAUGUUUCCUAUUUGGUUUUGUUUUUUAUUGUUUUGGGGUUUUGUUUCUGUUUUCUGUUUUGUUUUUGUAAGGCUUCAGUUCGUGCUAAUGAAGUGAACUUUCAAAAUAAUAUUAUUCAUUCCUAUAAAACAUUCUCAAAUUUUUAUCGUUGUUUCCAAUGAGGGUAUUAUUAAACAGUGAACCAAACAGCUCUUCUGCAGUGAAGUUAUAUUUAUAUGUUUUAACGUGCCAUCUAUUGCUCAAUGUUUCUCCACAAAUCAGCUGCACUACUGUUUAUGCUUUUUAUUUGUUGACAAAUACCUUUCGGGCUUGGGAUGGAUUAGAUAAAAAAUAAUACUUUGUUGACAUAGACUUUACAUGUUUGUUCUACCUUGGUUCUAAGCGAAAUAUUUACUUGGGCUAGUAGGCAACAAGUUAGGAACUCAGCCCUGUUUCCAGUUUAUGUACAUGUAAAACUUGGUUAUUGUUUAGUUAAUGCCACUGAGGAAAAAGCUAGGAUAAUACCCAUGGUUACCACUGACGGGUCUUUCAUGUCUUUAUGAGUUUUCAACAUCUGUUGCUCCAUUUCUAUGAUAUACUAAAAUGAAGCUACAGUAGCUAAUGGGAAUUUUUUGCAAAUUAGAGUGGUGUAUGCAGUUUGUUUCCUUAGAAAUAUAAAGGAACUUGGGAGGAUAUUCUAGCAGUUUAUCAAAGGUUAGGUUGGAAUAGGUUUGUAAGCUUUCUCACAACUGUAACAACUGUAUGCCCUGUUGAAAAAAAAGAACAAAGGAAAAAUUAUCUUGACAUCAGGGAUGCAUAAUACAGGACUGAAAAAAAGCCCUGUCUUUUAGUCUGGCACAAGUAGAUUUUCUUGCUGGGCAAGUAACUUUUAAAGUUCAUUUGCCCAAUUGGCAAGGCAAAAACAAAAUCAUUAAAGGUGAUGUUACAGGGAAUGAUUCGCAAUGACAAUUUUAAGUGCAAAACAGCGUUGCAAUAUUGGAACAAUGUUGCAACCAUUCGAAACAAUGUUGCAACAAUGACGCAACACUGUGUUGCGCUAAAAAUCAUCGUUGCGAGUUGUCUUGUGUAACAUCCACCUUAAAUGUGGCUAAAUGUAAUUUAGGCUAAGUUAAACGCGAGACAAUGCUGGCCAGCGGUCUCCUUCACUAAUUGUAUGUGGGGGGGUCUCGGGGUUUAGCAGGGCCGUAGUGAUUUUACAGUGCUUUCGCAGGAGUCAAUCAGCUUUUGGGUGCAGUAGUUAUAGCUGUUUUUUGCACUAAGAUAAGCAAGAAGUGGCCCUGGAUAAGCAAUAUCUGAGAGCUUCUUGUGGGAAUUCGAGUUGUUUUCAAGCCUUGAUGAUGUAAGGUGGCAAAGGGGUGGGUAACCCAUCACACAUCACGCUGACUUUUUUAAGCUAGCACACAUCACAGAAAAAUAAAAUGAAACAUUAACAAGUAUCCUAUUAUUAUUUGAUCUGAGGAAAUCAGAGGUCAAGGAAUGUUAAAAAAAGGGCAAAGCUACCUAUUUUUAAUAUCUGUGCUUCAAUUUUAAUGAUAUUGACCAUCACAGAAAUUUCAAAGGAAAAUCACGCGUCAGGCUUUGUGAAAGUAGUAAAUCGUGCAUCACACUGUUAUGCCCAAUCCCGCCUCAUGCGGCUCAUUUGGGCCCGAUCAGGCAUCAAGCUGAUAAUUUGGGUCCCAUCGCAUGUCACGGAAAACCCCUUUGCCACCCUGAUGAUAGAUAGAUCACAGGUAACAACCAUUCACAGCACUCUUGUAGUAUUCUCAUUCAGCAUGUUGUAUGAACUCUUACUGAGAAAAAAUGUCAACCAGUGAGCAUUCAAUAAAAUUAUUAUUAUUAUUUUAUUAUUAUUAUUAUAUUGUUGUUAUUGGAAAAGGUUAUCAAAAUUAAUAUGGACAAUGUGUAUGUUGGAGAUCAAAUUUGAUCUAGUCAAACCUGUGUUCAACAGUCACCCUUGGGAAAUGGCAAGGUGACUGUUAUAACAGGGUGACCGAUAUAUACAGGUCAACUUUGCAGAAAAUAUUGGGCAACUGAAAAUUUUGGGAAGUUAUCCAGUGACCGCAAUAUAUACGGUGACAACUAUUGCAUAUAGAGCCAUUCUCUGAGGUUUGACUGUAUCAGAAUCAGGUAAAAAAAAUUUAACCUGUGUUGAUUCUAAAUUUCCUUUGUUUUUUAGGGCUUGGAGACAUUGGAAAUUGAAAAUCAACCUAGGUUAAAUCAAAAUUAAGCUUAAAUCAAAUUGGAUAGCUGUAACAGGUACAUGUACAUCUCAAGUGGAUCUUUCACAAACUUGAGAAAGAAAGUUCCAGUGAUUGUUAUUAAUUUGACAUAUUAUAAAAUGUUUUUAUCUCCUAGAUUGGUGAAGCAAGAGCUUUAUAUAACUUAGGGAAUGUAUACCAUGCUAAAGGAAAACACUUUGGAAGAAACUUUCACCAGGACCCUGGAGAGUUUCCUGAUGAAGUUCGAUUGGCACUGGAAAGAGCAAUUGAAUUUUAUGAGUAAGACAAUGUUUUGUCCUAUUAAGAAGUGAUUUAUAGGGAAACCAGCCUCAAGGUACACUGUGACUGCUGUGAUGGACACAAUUAUUGCUAAAUGUUUUUUUCAUUUGAUAUGAUGUUUGUUAUUGUGAAAGGUUUGAACCCAGGGUCAUUUCGUAAGUAGGUGGAACAUGAUCGCGGUGUUAUUGGCUAGGAAUACUCCACAUGAUAUUUAAAGUCUUCACAGACAGUAACAUCAGGGUUAAUUGACAGAUGACCAAUAACAUCGUGACUUUAUUGACCAAUCAGAUCAAUAAGCAGAGUUAAAUGAGGCUGUCACUAAGGGCCCAGGGUGGUGGAUUUCACCCGGCUACUAUGAGCCCAAGCCGUGGCUACUUUCAUAAGAAACAAAAGGGAAAUGAGAUCAAAAGGACUCCCUGGCUGUCCAGUUCCCCACCUACUAACUGCAUAAACUGGGCAACUUGAAAUCUUAGCGAUAGCCCUGGUUUAACACAAUCAACUCACGUUGACGCUAAAGAUGAGUAUCGCACAGGUUUCCAAGUGUCAGUCACUGUCAACAACAAUCCUCUCCAGGACUACUCUCACCUGGAUUAUUAUACUCCACCUACCAUGUGUACUUAUAGUAUUUAUUGCUACUGUCCCUGAACAUUUCCUUUCAAUGAUCAUAUGCCAACUCUCCUGGAUUAUCCAGGAGUGUCCAGGAUAUGGCACUGAUCUCCCGCUCUUCUGCACGGGUCACCAAAUCUCCCUGAUAAAAUGGACUUUUGAGCUUUUCUGUGCUUCAGUUUGAAAUUUAGCCCAUUUUUUUUCUCAAAAUUCGAACUUUUUUAUUCAUAAUAUGGUUUCUGGAACAUUCUUGCACAUAUUUAGUCACUGAAAGAGAUUAUUUUUGUCAUUACAAUGAUGAAAGGGAAUUUUGAUAGCAUGUGCUUUAUGUAAGACUUCCUAUACAGUAAAGUUCGGAAAGUAACGCCCUUUGGAAGUAGCAGAUCUCUAAAAGUAGCGACAAAAUGUCACAGGUGUUUUCAAAUCCCAAAAGUAGCGAUCCCCUGAAAAUAGUGACCCUCCGAAGGUGGAGACAUUAAAACUAAUUUCUCUUUUUGCAAAAAAAAAUGGAUAUGAUAGAUAUAUACUGAACAAAAGCCACACUGAUGCGAGGUUUAUUAAUAAUGAUUAUUUGACAUUCCUAUUCAUAACACUUAAAGUACAGGAUAUACAUUACCUUUAUUAAAAAAGUAUUCCUUUCACAUUUUUUGCGACUUUAUUUUCUGAAGUGCCCUUAUGGUGUACACGUUUUAGCCAUCCAAAAGUAACAACCCCCCAAAAGUAGCGAUCAGCCUCUGAAAGUAGUGAUAGCAGAAGGGUGCUAACUCGUUACUUUCAAAACUUUAUGGUCAUGUCCUUAGCCAUGGUGGCUGGGUCAAUUUGUGGGUGGGGAGUGGUGGGGCUGUUGACAUUCAGGUGUAGGGGGGUAGUGCAAAAUAGAGAGACUCCAGAUUGAAGAUCUCUUGAGGUUGACCUCUCUGCAUGCACUGUAAUGGAAUGAGCUUUGACAUGUUUGUUUGGUUUAUUUUCAGGGCUAAUCUGGCCAUUGUAAAAGAACUUGGGGAUAGAGGGGCUCAAGGAAGAGCCUGUGGUAAUCUGGGCAACACUCACUAUCUCCUUGGAAACUUUGAACUGGCUAUCAUGUUCCACGAGGAGGUAAGGGUUUUAAAUAAAUUAUUAGAAGUACAGUCGACUCCCGGUAACUCAAACCCUCUAUAACUCGAACCUCCUACUAACUCUAAGCAAUUUUCGUUUCCCAUCAGAUCAUUUUCUAUGUAAUUUUACCCUUGAUAACUCAAACUCCCGAUAACUCCAACUGUUUGCAAUUGGUUUCCCUAAUAUUUAUCUCAUAGAUAGUGAUUUAUCCGGUGGAUAGCACUAUCCAACAUCUGGACAACUGGGGCCAGGUUUCAUAGCUACACAAUCAAUUCUUACAAGCAUUAAAAAAAUGAACAUUUGCACAUAAAAGAAUUCUGCAUAAACCUACAAAGAAAUGUGGAAAAAAAGUAACUGAAAAACAGCAUUUGUGUAACCAGAAGCGCCUUUGGUGUAACUAAUGCAUAACAUAUCUUGGGGGUCCCUUGAAAGCACAUCAUCAUUAAGCUAAAUGUUUAAUUCGGAUUUUAUGAUAUAUUUUGUGUUUAUGACAUUAUUAAAACUAGCUGCUUCUUUUUGGGGGAAAAAAGUAGGUGACUGCUCUAAGCAGAGUAGCUGAUGUGUUUCAUCAGUCGUCAGUGCUUAGGGGAGAGGGGUGAGACCUGUUUCUUCGGAGGAAGGACUGGGGUUCUAAGUCCCAGCAUUUCUACAAUGGAAACUCUUGCAAGUGGACAGCUCUACUUACAGCCACCUUCACCUUGUUUCAACUCCCAUACAAACUCUGUAUUUUUACAUUCCUGUAAGCGGACAUUCCCGUAAGUGGCCGCAGACACUUUGCAUUAUGUAACACUUUCAGGGUUUACAAGUUAGAUUUUAGCUUUCUUUUUAAGCUCCCUUAAGCAGACCCUCAAAAUGAAAUGAAAUCUCAUUUGCCCCUGAUUCUUGGAUUUUGAUAGAUCAACUUUAAAUCACUGUUCAUCACAAUGAAUUUAUUUAUUUUAUAUCAGUUUCAUUGUUUGUUUGUUUGUUUGUGUUUUUUCACGUACACAUCCAGUUACCGGUACUCUUCAAAUCACCACUUGAAUUUUAUGCUUGUGACUGGAUUACAACACCAUUAGAACAACAGUAUACCAUAACCAAACACUAACAAACAGUUCUUUUUUACAUGCCCAAUGUUUAUUUGUAGCUGUGCAAGUUCCCGUAAGCAGCCAUCUAACCCUUACACCUCAAGUGGCUGAUACGAGAACGAUUCUCUUAGGCAGCCAGCAUCCGGAGGGUGUCCCUUUACGAGAGUUCCCAUUGUAUUAUCAGCAGAUGCCAUCAAGUUGUUUAAUGAUUGAUUCGAACACUUGGCUAUUUGCUUUAAUUUAUGUCUCUGUAAGCGUGCAGUAAUAAAACAUUAAUUUUAUUCUAACUAUUGCAAUUUUUCUUCUGGCAUUAUAGAGGCUGGCUAUUGCAGAGGAAUUCAAUGACAAACCAGCAGAGAGAAGAGCUUGCAGCAAUCUAGGAAAUGCUCACGUCUUUCUUGGCGAGUUUGAGANCUUGAAUUUUAUGCUUGUGACUGGAUUACAACACCAUUAGAACAACAGUAUACCAUAACCAAACACUAACAAACAGUUCUUUUUUACAUGCCCAAUGUUUAUUUGUAGCUGUGCAAGUUCCCGUAAGCAGCCAUCUAACCCUUACACCUCAAGUGGCUGAUACGAGAACGAUUCUCUUAGGCAGCCAGCAUCCGGAGGGUGUCCCUUUACGAGAGUUCCCAUUGUAUUAUCAGCAGAUGCCAUCAAGUUGUUUAAUGAUUGAUUCGAACACUUGGCUAUUUGCUUUAAUUUAUGUCUCUGUAAGCGUGCAGUAAUAAAACAUUAAUUUUAUUCUAACUAUUGCAAUUUUUCUUCUGGCAUUAUAGAGGCUGGCUAUUGCAGAGGAAUUCAAUGACAAACCAGCAGAGAGAAGAGCUUGCAGCAAUCUAGGAAAUGCUCACGUCUUUCUUGGCGAGUUUGAGACUGCAGCAGAGUAUUACAAGUGUGUACAGAAUGAAAUUUUUUGCAAUAAAUAAAGGCUGUGCUCUUGCAGUACGUGUUGCCCUCUAGCAGCUAACUCUUGCACCCAGGCAACUAAAAAAUCAUAGCUGGAGCUUUCCAAAAGUCAGAACUAGCCAGCCGGACAGGGUUGUCAAAAGUAGCCGGCUGUUGGCGAAAAUCUCCACCUACUUGAUUAGUGUCAUUUCUUUACAGAUGGCAUUUUUUAAAUAAAAUAUCCCUGGCCGCUUACUUUGACAACCCUGCCGGACCAAGGCUAGGCCGGUCAUUUUGAAAAUGAAUUAGGCUUUUUCCAAGAGUUUUCGAUGAAAAUGAUUUCCUUCAUGCAUGCUAUUUAGGAUUUGACUGAUCUGGCUUGAUAGCUUUGAUUAAAUGGUAAUGGCCUGGCUGGUCAGUUCUGACAAAUGGAAUUAAGCACCCUUGGUUUUUUCAUAGAAAGCAUACACCAGGCAGCCUCGCUUCACACGCUCAGAGCACUUGGCUCCCUUCACCUAUUCUUAGAGCACAGCCUUGAAUAAUUAUUAAGGCACCAAUUGGGGGCUUAGGUUGACCAAGUACAGUGUAACUGUAAUUUGUAUGAAAUUGUUCACCCAAGCUCAUUUCUGGCUGCUCACUAAUGUACAUGUAGAAAAGGACUGUUGAUGGUUUCCUAGAUUGCUCUGAUUUAACAGUAAACUCAGUUUAGGAAUCUGUGUGUGUGCUCUCAGACAAGGCUUUCAUGAUGUCAGGGUUCAUGACUUGUUAAAAUAUAAGAAAACAUUAUAGAGCUGGCCCCAGUUGUUCAAAAGGUGGACAAUACUAUUCACUAGACAAAUCUGAGUCUAUCAAGUGGAUUAUACAAUAAAUUGAUUUCCCUAUGCCUGAUACUUAUCCACUAGACAGUGAUUUAUCUUGGUGGAUAGCGCUAUCUAAUGGAGAAAUCUCUAUCCACUGGAUAACACAAUAAUUGGUUUCCCUGACACUUAUCUGCUGGAUAGUGUCAUUUUUCCGGUGGAUACUGCUACCCACUGGAUAAGUCUGUAACCACUGGGUAGUGCAAUAUUGGUUUCCCUAAUACUUGCCUGCUGGAUAGUGAUUUAUCUGUUAGAUAGUGCUAUCCAACGUUUGAACAACCCAGGAGUGGUUUGAUACAAUUUUAGGAAUGACUUACAAGGGAGAUAAAAAUUAAUGCUGUAAGAGAGAGAGAGUGAGAGGUGAUCAGCAUUGGGAUUAACCAGCCAGACAUAUAUAGCCAUGGGAUCUGUUUCCAACCCACUCACUAGUGUGACAACCCUCUGCUAUCAUGACUAUAUAAUUAUACCUUAAGCAUGUGACAGUGAGAGGUUUGAUUGGCCCUGCCAUCAUUCUGAUUUAGAAGCUAGUUUGAGUUGAAAGCUUAGUUUUCUUCUUCUUUACUAGUGUGGAAUUAAAAUUUCUAAUCUAUUGUUACAGAAAUAAUGCUUAAUAAUUUUCGUGAAAGUUUACUAUUGAAUUGCUAUUAUUGCCUUUUUCAUUCUGUAGGAGAACACUCACCAUAUCACGAGAACUAGGGGACAGGGCUAUUGAAGCACAGGUGACUAUGAAUGAUGAAUCUCUUCCAUAUAUCUUCCUAGCAUGUGGCACUUAAUUUCUGCUGGUUUAUAAUUUCUCUGAGUUUUGAGGAAUUGUUUUGUUUUGUUUUGUUUGUUUUUUUUAUCUGCUAAAAUUUCAAUUUAGAAAAACUGUAGGUUGGAUGUUUCAUGGUAGUCUGUGCAGCACUUUAAUAAAUGUAGCAUUUUCAUUUUGAAUAAAAAUACAAACCAGUGAAUGUUAAAUAAUUUAACGUUUACUGGUUUGUAGGUUCCAGCUUUUCUUUGGAAGUCCCUUGUAGUUCUUUCUCAAAAGAUGUACCCACCCUGAAAGCUUUCUCUCUCAUUAAUCACAACUUGCCUUGACCUAAAGCUAGUUAAAUGAUAAACUCAAACACCACUUAUCCCUUGGCCUGCAAAUAAGGCCGUCUCCUUGCUCCCUGCUGCUAGGGAUAUUGUCCCUUGUGGCGAUGAGAAAUGAGAGACGGCUGUUUUCACAGGCUACUUAGCCUUGAACUAACUUAAUCUUAGACACUAGUGCAUUGAAACUAGAGUGUAACAUUACUUUAUUUUUACCUUAUGAACAAUCCUGUCUUUUCCUUCUCUUGAGAUAUUUUUCUUGAUGUGUUUAGGCUUGUUACAGUUUAGGGAACACAUACACUCUACUGAGAGAUUAUCAGCAGGCAGUGAACUUUCACUCAAAGCAUUUGGAGAUUGCCCAGGAAUUAGGUGACAGGUGAGGUGCAAAACAAUGAGAAUUUAUGAUGUGAUCACAAAAUGAUGGAGUUACUCGUUGGAAAAUUUCAAAAACACCCUAAAGAGCUUAGAUAAUCACGUCUUCUGAGGACCCAGUUGUUCGAAGGCUUAUUGCUAAUCCGGGGUUAAAUUUUAAUCCAAGUUUCUCUUUCUUUUGUUCAAACUCCUUUUCCCGGAUAAUUUUCUCUUUUUUUAGGGCAUCCAAUCACCAAAGCGUACACAAAAAGAAUUAAACUGAGUUUGCUGUUUAAGCUUUCAUAUCUGAAUUCAAAUUUUGCACUAACCCUAUCCCAGCUCUCCCGGAAUAUCUGGGAAUCUCCCUGAUACGGCACAAAUCUCCCGCUUUCACGUGCGGGUCAUGAUUAUUAAUAUUCUCCUGGUUAACAUUGAGCUUUGAGUUCUUCUGUGCUUUAGUUUGGAACUUAGCCCAUUUUUCCCUAAAAUUUAACACUGCAUUUUCAUCAAAGUAAGGUUUCUGUGGCACCUUUGCACGUAGAACAUCACAGACAAGACUGCCUUGUCAGAAAGCAAAUUUUGACGGACUGUCUUUCAUGUACGACUUCUUAUAAUGUCCUGAGCCACACUUAUGUCAUAAUUUGGAGACUAGGUCGGGUUGUCUUUAUGACGAGGGAGGGGGUAGUUGAUGUUGGAAGGUACAGUACUGCAAAAGAGACUGUCUCCAAAUUUUUGUGACGCACGUGCGUCCGCACGUGCAACGUUGAUGUUUUGCCAAUGUGAAAUUAUUACGCUUUUUUGACGUUCUCAUUGCCCUUGGUGUCGUCGUAGCUUUGCAUUAUGUAACAACAACUUGUUUAAGCAUUUUUCUUUCAAUUUUCUGCAUUAGUGGCGGUUGUUAAGAACGAGUCACUUGCAAACAAAUUAAUAUGCACUGUUUGUUCAGACUAUCUGGCAAUUUCUCUCCUUUUAUUUCUUGUAAAAUUCCCCCAAAAAGUACGAUUUUUUUUAUGAGAUUUUUCCGUGGCCGUUUAAAAACUAGCCUUUCAUGCACAGUGUUUUUGGUUUACUUUAGCAACGCCACCUCGCGAAUAUUGUUUUACCGCUAGCAGAACCCAACAUUUAGCAACAAUGGCCGCCUCAUGCCACAGAGGGCCGUUAACACGUCUUAUUGAUCACGAUUUACAUAUCACUUCAUGUGUACAUUAUAGAGUCAAAAUUCAAAGUACAUCAUUACGGGGGUUUUGUCUACUGGCCACUAUUCUCUGCUUUUGAUUGUAUGUCAUUUUGUACGCACGUACUGUUGAAACAGUCCAAUUUAUUGUCAUUGCAGAGUGGGAGAAGGUCGCGCUUGUUGGAGUUUGGGAAAUGCUCAUACUGCUUUGGGAAAUCACGAAACGGCUCUAGAUUUUGCUCAGAGGCAUUUGGAUAUCUCAAAGGAGGUAAGAGAAUGGUCGUCUUGAUUUCAUAUGAAACAAAACCUUCAUACUUCACGCUACUGAACGUGCUCAAUCAGCAGACCUGGUUAAUUUUAGCCCUCUCACUCCCAUAAGUGGCUAGAGUCAGAAUUCAUCUUAAUUUCCAAAUUUCGUUUUGUCAAAUAUUGCGAAAUAAAUAGUACCAUCUGAAAGUGCUGCUAAAGAGGUUUCAUUUGAGUGGUCACACCAUGGUAUUUCGUCCACAGACUCAAAAGUAAGAACUAUUUACUAAGUGAAUAGUACCAUGCGAAAGUACUGCUGGAGAGGUUUCAUUUGAAUGGUUACACCAUAGGGUUUCAUCCACACACUCAAAAGCUAGAACCACCUUCAUUCACUCUGGAAUCAGGAAUAAAGGUUUAAAAAUAGUUUGAGGCUUGCAUCAUCAAUUUUCUUUGCGAUGUGAGAAUGUUUUGUGGUCGAUAGAGCAGAUCCAGCUUAAAUAAGGAAAAAAUACAAGCCCGUUUUCCGCGUGCUUCUAGGGGACCGUGUCGUAGUCGUGCUGGGUAUCACCUUCUGUUACUGUAAAAGAUUUUACCAUUUUUUUCUUUAGCGGCUGUUUCAGUUGUCUAAUGUGGCACGUUUAAUUUACUACUAAGAUAAAUUUGCUUUGCGAAAGAGAGGAAGUUACGAUAAGCAAUUUCUUAAAGCUGAAGAACAACGCACUAAAUGGAAGCUUUUACUCAAAAUUGUCCCAUUUAAAUUAGGAGGCGUUUUCCUAUUUCGACUUGUCAUUCUUAAUUUUCGCAAUAAUCAGUAGAUAACCGAAGACCAUUACACAAAACGACGUUUCCAUUGUUUGAAUUAUAUCUAAGCGGGUAAUUUUUGUAUGCACUUCAAGGCUUAAAGUCUCUAAAUUCCGUUUAUGUGCCGUAAUCUUAAUUCCCAUCUCACUUGCAAAGCGCGCGCUGUUUUUGCUAUUCGCUUUCGAAUUUUUCACUUUUUGUUCUUUUCCUCUAUUUUGUGCUUUUGCUAAAAGAAAUUCAUAAUUGUAAACAUAUUUGCCUAAAAGAAGCCAUGUCUUUGUUGAUUAAUCGCGCCUGUGUAAAUCCUGCUAGGACAACCGAAUUUAGCCCAUAAGCAUCCUAAUGUUUUUUAAACUGUCAGCUUUCGUCACACUUUUGAUUUGCAAAUCAAGCGUUUGUCCUCGACAGUUCUCUGGGGCGUCAAUCAUGAAUGAACAGUCUCUUAAGUCACGUAGAGUAAGCUAACUUUCAUGUUUUGACUGGUCAAGGUUAAGCGGAAGCUUAAGUGGUUCUAUAUAUUGUAAAUGUUGGGUUUGUGAAUUAACCAUUCAGAACUAAAGCCACUGAAAUUGCUUUUUUUGGUUUCUUUUGUUAACUGGGCUGACGGAUAAUGGUGAAGAAGUGCGUAGUGUCUCUCAAAAGGCCGGAAGUGGUAGUUUUUGCCAACCUUUUCACCUCAGCCGGCUUUGUUUUGAAUGAGGCGAAAACAUACUACUACAAAUCUAGAAUUUUUGUAUCAGAGAAUCAUCUCGAUACAUUCUCUCUUACGUGGUUAUUUAUUUAAAACACGAAACGAAAAUAGAGCCUGAUCCCAGGAGGAAACUGAUGAAUCUUGGAGUAAAAAGAUAAAGUCGUACCUUGAAGAUCCAGAUAUUUCUCUUCUACCUUCCCGAGUCCAGUAAAAUAAUUCCAUGUUCAGUUGAACAAAUCGACCACACUUUUCCACCGUCUACACUCAGAAAUCGUAGAAAUGACGUCAUGAAAUGUUUAAAACUCAAGUGGAAUCACGAGCUGCGGGCGAGCGGUUUCACCGCAAAGCUUUCAGCAUUUCAUGGUGUCAUUUCUCUGAUCUGUAACGGUAUAGACAAGGAACGGACUGCUGUUGUUGCUGUAAAAUUAAGAAAUUUAAAGACCUGAUUCUCACUAAGUUUCUCGUAAAGUCACGCUUUUGUGAGAGGGGAAGAAGAAAUUGCUCUUUUUGUAUUGCGCCAUUUCCAUUGUCUAAGCUCUCUUGUAGACGCUCUCGACCAAUGAGCUCGCGAGAAUUUCUGUAAGUUAUUGUGACCAAUGCAUUAGCAAUGUUUUUUAACUUAGGAAAACAAACAAGCGGAAGGGAAAAAAAAAAGAUAGUGAGCUAUAUUUUUAAUGGAGGUCUUAUAUAUUAAAGUUCUUCCUUUGGAGGUCAAGGAAAGUAUUAAUAGAAGGAUAAACGGCUGAUGUAACCAAAGCGCAGUUUUCAUUAUUCCACUGAAUAGCUAGUCUAAUAUAAUUUCUCUAAAGUCGACAUUUUUCGCCGUAGGUUUACCUGCAUUAACAUUUCAAAUUCGGAUAAAAAUCUGAGGCAAUCGAGCCUAUGAUUAUUGUCAGAUAACAAACUGAACAUUGCUUUGUGUUUAACUCGCUAAUGAUUUCGUAGCAUAUCCUAGAUUUUCUUUUUUUUCAGGAGACUAUACUACCAGGUAUUUUGUUGUUGAUGAAUUAAAAUUUUUGAUUAUAAAUAACACAUUAAAUUUGUUUCGAAUAUCGAGCCAUGCAACAGGACUAUGACAUUAUGCAAGAUGAAUUCAUCCUGCACGCAAACUAAUCUCUCAUACAGGUAUUGUAUCGCCUCUGCCUUUCCUGAUUAGCUGAAGCAAAUACCUUUAUUUUGAUCUUAUAUCACUCCAAUAAAAACCCUUUCGUAAUGAUACUCUCCGGAAUGAGUGGCAUUUUGCUGCGUAAUGCUUCCUCCGUGCAUACUUAUAUAACACACACAGUCAAACCAAAAGUGUGCGUCGUUUAAUCUCGAGGAGGUUGUUUCAGGAUGUUUCUGUCAUUUUCACUUCAGGUUGGCGACCGCACUGGUCAAAUUACAGCGCAGAUGAACAUCUCGGAUUUGAGAGCUCUCCUUGGAAUCGAAGACGAAUCGAGAGAAAGGUAAAUACCCAAAAGAUUCUCUGGGAUCUUAACUGGACUACCUUUACCUGUUGUUUUUUACCUGUUCGUUAGCAUUGCGUAUCGUAAAAUACAACAGAAAGCUGUAAAAUUCGGCAUAUAAUUACCCGAUGAUAUUAAAAGUGCCAGUUGAGCUUAAAAUGUCACGAAGGUACAAAUGAAAUAAACAAAAAUAUUAAAAGAUUCACUUAAAACCAGUCAAAAAUCAGAGGACCUUGAGAAGGGUGUUUGCUUGCUCAGAGAAUGGUUAUAUUUUACAUAGUAACAAAGGUCUUUUAAGACGUUAAAAAAUGCUCACAAAAAAUGAAGUAUUUGAUUUGGCAAUUAAAAUUAUCGGUGUGCAUUACAUAACUGAGUAAAAUAAAUGUCAAAUAUAUCUUUGAUUAAUAAAUGAAACAAAACAAACUAUUUUAACUCUUUAAAAAAUUAUUAUUUCGUGUGUGAACUACCGGACGUUAGAUAUCAAACAACCGGACGUUGCGUCCGGUGUCCGGUCUGAAACGAAACCCCUCCCAUGUAAACUAAAAAUACGCUCUGUGGAAAGUGUUUCGAGAAACGUGUUUUCGACUCUAUACUGCAGAAACACCCAACUCCUAUUAACGUGAUUAUUUAUCUGUUUGUUUAUCAUUUUUUAUUUGUAGCAAUUCAAGAAGUGCAGCAGCAGAAAGUGUGAAUCGCAGCAGUCCAGGUUCCAUUAAACAGCUCUUCAAUAGAAAGUUCAGCCACGGAAAUGAAGGUAGCUUUCCAAACAGCAUAAUUUUAGAUACAAAGGCAUUACUCGACCUUAGCGUCACUCCACAAGUCCAGUACCAGGAACCAGUUCCACAGCAGUAAGGAGCAUAAGCAACGACGAAGGCUACGGCAACCAAAUCAGGAAAAAUGCAAUAGAAUGAUAUUGGCAAAACAGAAACUUUGCACGUGCAUCACGCUUUUUUGUACAUUUCUUUGACGUCACUGCACAACUAAAGGUGAUGUUACACGGGACGAUACGCAACGACGAUUUUUAGCGCAACACAGCCUUGCAAUGUUGGAACAACGUUGCAACCAUUCGAAACAAUAUCGCCACAAUGUUGCAACGCUGUUUUGCGCUAAAAAUCGUCGUUGCGAAUCGACUGGUGUAACAUCACCUUAAGACGUGAAUCUGCCUAAUUUCCGUUUUAUGGAGGACCUCAACACAAUAGAACGAAUUUCAUUUUCUUUUCUUGAACUUCAAUACAUUCCUUUAGAAUUCAACUCCAGAAAAAUUUGCCAGCAUUUGAGGACAUGAACAAGAUGGAAUAGGCGCGAUUAAUUUGGAAGCGACUCGAAUUCACCUUUUAAGUGACGUUUUCGUAGCCGUCGCUGUCGGAUCUAAGGGAGGGGGCCCGGGGGAAGCUCUGAGGCCAGCGGGACCUAGGCGAUACAGUCACUUCGUUUACCAACCCUCCCCUCCCCCUCUGACGAGACCGAGGCCCCAAGGUACCUUGUUUCUGAAAUUAUAUUCAGAGAUCAGUUUGUCUUUGAUAGGCCUCGUGUGUGCAAAAAAGAUUCCUCAAGUUUAAGAGAGGAUGUUCUUGUUUUAAUGCAGCCUAUGCAGAACGAUUUUGAUAUGUUUUGGUUUUUGUUUCAGACAAGAAGAAAGUGGAAACAGCAACUUCGGCAGAAGUAAGUGAUAAAGUAAACCAUUCAACUUCGGGAACUUUAGUGCCCGAUUUAUUUUUUGUCCACUAAAACGUAAAAUAAGGACUGGCCAAAAUCCAGCCAUAUUAAACACACGCUUCAUCAUCAACGCAUUUGUAGUGAAUUUAAAAAACUGAUGCAUAAAUGUUAAGUAAUUGAUUUGUCUUUUUAUUGUUAAGGGAAUGACCCUCCAAUCUUUAAGUAACCAUAAAAAUAUAUUUCUCUCUCAGUGUGCACAAUCGUCUAAUUUAUGUAAAGGCUCGACCUCAAAUAUAAGAAGCUUUUAGCGCAGUACUGUAGCAGAUUACUUGAGCAGCUAUCUUUCUCAGAAUUGAGCUUUUCAAAAGAGCAAAAUUUUGAAACAAGGCUAAGGUUUUUUUUAUGUUAAUUGAUGGAUUUGUUGAUAGGUUGAUGCUGACCGGAAAACCAGAAUUAUGACAAUUAUGGUGAAAAGUUCUCUUUGCGUCAAGCUUCGAAAACGCUGUGUCGCCUUGUGUUUUAAGAAAUUGCUUGAAUUGUGGGGGUGUCGUGGAAAGGUCUUGAACUUGAUGACGAAAGGCCCGCUUUACGUAUAUCACUUCCUCAGGAUGUCAACUUCCUUUCACCUUUUUUGGCCGUCAAAGUUGUUGUUUUGUAUUAGGGAACUUGGCGAUGCCAAGGAAACAGUACUGAACCAAGAAGAUUCUCGUGAUGAUAUUAAAAGUGCCAGUUGAGCUUAAAAUGUCACGAAGGUACAAAUGAAAUAAACAAAAAUAUUAAAAGAUUCACUUAAAACCAGUCAAAAAUCAGAGGACCUUGAGAAGGGUGUUUGCUUGCUCAGCGAAUGAUUAUAUUUUACAUAGUAGCAAAGGUCUUUUAAGGAGUUAAAAAAUGCUCACAAAAAAUGAAGUAUUUGAUUUGGCAAUUAAAAUUAUCGGUGUGCAUUACAUAACUGAGUAAAAUAAAUGUCAAAUAUAUCUUUGAUUAAUAAAUGAAACAAAACAAACGAUUUUAACUCUUUAAAAAAGUUAUUCUUUCGUGUGUGAACUACCGGACGUUACAUGUCAAACAACCGGACGUUGCGUCCGGUGUCCGGUCUGAAACGAAACUAAAAAUAAAAUAUGCUCUGUGGAAAGUGUUUCGAGAAACGUGUUCUCGAUUCUAUACUGUAGCUUAAAACAUUCCCAACACAGUAAUUUGCAAAACACCCAACUCCUGUUAACGUAUUUAUUUAUUUUGUUUGUUUAUCAUUUUUUAUUUGUAGCAAUUCAAGAGAUGCAGCAGCAGAAAAUGUGAAUCGCAGUAGCCCAGGUUCCAUUAAACAGCUCUUCAACAGAAAGUUCAGCCACGGAAAUGAAGGUAGCUUUCCAAACAGCGUAAUUUUAGAUACAAAGGCAUUACUCGACCUUAGCGUCACUCCACAAGUCCAGUACCAGGAACCAGUUCCACAGCAGUAAGGACCAUAAGCAACAACAGAAGCGACGGCAACCAAAACAGGAAAAAUGCAAUGGGAUGAGAUUAGCAAUACAGCAACUUUGCACGUGCAUCACGCUUUUUUGUACAUUUCUUUGACGUCACUGCAUGACUAAAGGUGAUGUUACACGGGACGAUACGCAACGACGAUGUUGGAACAACGUUGCAACCAUUCGAAACAAUAUUGCCACAUUGUUCAACGCUGUUUUGCGCUAAAAAUCGUCGUUGCGAAUCGACUCGUGUAACAUCACCUUAAGACGUGAAGCUGCCUCAUUUCCGUUUUAUGGAGGACCUCAACACAAGAGAACGACUUUCAUUUUCUUUUGUUGAACUUCAACACAGUCCUCCAGAAAAAUUUGCCAGCAUUUGAGGACAUGAACAAGAUGGAAGAGGCGCGAUUAAUUUGGAAGCGGCUCGAAUUCACUUUUUAAGUGACGUUUUCGUAGCCGUCGCUGUCGGAUCUAAGGGAGGGGGCCCGGGGGAAGCUCUGAGGCCAGCGGGACCAAAGCGAUACAGUCACUUCGUUUACCAACCAUCCCCUCCCCCUCUGACGAAACCGAGGCGCCAAGGUACCUUGUUUCUGAAAUUGUAUUCAGAGAUCAGUUUGUCUAGGACAGGCCUCGUGUGUGGAAAAAAAGAUUCCUCAAGUUUAAAGAGAGGAUGUUCUUGUUUUAUUGCAGCCUAUGCAGAAUGAUUUUGAUAUGUUUUGGUUUUUGUUUCAGACAAGAAGAAAGUGGAAACAGCAACUUCGGCAGAAGUAAGUGAAAAAGUAAACCAUUCAACUUCAGGAACUUUAGUGCGCGAUUUAUUUUUUGUCCAUAAAAACGUAAAAUAAGGAUAUCCAAUAUCCAGCCAUCUUAAACACACGCUUCAUCAUCAACGCAUUUGUAGUGAAUUUAAAAAACUGAUGCAUAAAUGUUAAGUUAUUGAUUUGUCUUUUUAUUGUUAAGGGAAUGACCCUCAAAUAUUUAAGUAACCGUAAAAAUAUAUUUCUCUCUCACUGUGCACAAUCGUCUAAUUUAUGUAAAGGCUCGACCUCAUAUAUUGGAAGCUUUUAGCGCAGUACAUUAGCAGAUUACUUUAGCAGCUAUCUUUCUCAGAAUUGAGCUUUUCAAAAGAGCAAAAUUUUGAAACAAGGCUAAGGUUUUUUUUAAGGUUAAUUGAUGGACUUGUUGAUAGGUUGAUGCUGACCGGAAAACCAGAAUUAUGACAAUUAUGGUGAAAAGUUCUCUUUGCUUCAAGCUUCGAAAACGCUGUGUCGCCUUGUGUUUUAAGAAACUGCUUGAAUUGUGGGGGUGUCGUGGAAAGGUCUUGAACUUGACGACGAUAGGCCCGCUUUACGUAUAUCACUUCCUCAGGAUGUCAACUUCCUUUCACCUUUUUUGGCCGUCAGAGUUGUUGUUUUGAAUUAGGGAACUUGGCGAUGCCAAGGAAACAGUACUGAACCAAGAAGAUUCUCGCAAACGCGCUCCAUCGUUUAGGAGCUCAAUACCACGUUCAUGUUUUAAGUUCAGACAGAAAAAUACAUACCCAUGUUAUGUUCGUCACGUUCUUCGCAAAACUUUCACCUUGAUGAUUUGCUGUUUGCUUAUUAAGCAGCUUAUGAUCAUGAGUGGUCUUUCAGACAGUCUAGUCAGAUCAGACAUUGAUAUGAGCCAUUAAGGUGUGGUCAAGGGGACCAACUGAACUUGGCCAACAUUGUAACUAUUUUGCUUAAUGAGAAACCAUUUGACACCGAUAAAUUUUGACCGAGUACCGGAUGUCUCGAAACAUGCAUGGUCGCCUUUUUUAGUACUUCACCAUGUUGUUGUUGUUUUUCGUUUUUGUCUUUCUUCACUUGUUUACACUUCCGAGGCCUGGAGUGUUGCUCGAUAUAGCGUGGGCGUUUUGUGUUCCUCCACCUACGAACGAACAGAACAAAAACAACAAAUAUUUCUUAAUACUCACAAAACUUUACCGCAGAAAUGCUUCGCGUGAUUAAUAAGCAUUACUUUGCUUUUUCUAAUUUCUUUGGCGAAUAGAAAAUCGCAUCUAUGUCGUUUUUUCUCAUCAGUAUUUUUUUUGGCAAUACCCAUUUUCCAACAUGUCGGUCCAACGUCAUCCACCCGCAUUGUGAUUGUGAUGGAUAUCGUCCAUGACAACGAAGAUAAUCAAACCGUCGUCACAAGUUGUAUCCAAGAAUGUUGGAUUCUUUGAAAAGGCGCUCAAAAAAGAGAACUAAGAUUCUGCAAUUGUUAAGAAUCCUUUAUAGCUGACGUUCGGCACGUACGCCAUCAUACGAACGACACACAGCAGCUAUAAUUUUAUUGUUGCUGAAAAUAUUGUAUCUGUGUUCGCUGGGAUCUUUUUAAGUGCCUUUUAGUGACUCCUCGGGGAAUCAAUAUCACGAAAAAAAAACAAUUGGACUGUUCUACCGCUCAAAUGAAAAGUAGCUAUAGAGACGGAAAAACAUAGCAGUUUUUAUUUCAACACAUCUUUAUUUCCUCCUUUUCUUAUACUUUUUACAGGGCAAAUAAGUUAAUAUCGCAAUAAUGAGAAAUGUCUCGCCUGUUAGCUUCAUUAUCACGUGUCAUACACUUUAGCUUUAAAGACCCGUACACAAAGCUCUAAUCCGUCUGUUUUGUUUUUCGUCGAUUUCGUUACGUCAAAGCUAUGCCUGUCUCUUCAAGUGUCACUUAAGAGCGAUGACGUAUUACAUAACAAGUCUAAGGUUUUAUUAACAAGAUUUUGAGGCCAGAAUUCAGAUGAUAUAGCGUGGAAUAGCUGACGCUUUUCCCCAACUCUUGUCGGGGUUUCACUGAUCAAGUUAUAGCAAAGUUUUGACUGGUCGACUCUGAGAUCUCUUGAGUAUUAUGGUAUGGUAGUCACUUCUAUCGUUCUGUGCUAUGCUUUAUACUUGUGGUGUUAGAAAAUGUUUUGGAAAACUUUUCAACUGAAAAAGCAAAAACAUUCGAAGUUCUUGCUAGUCCAAUGAAAUGAGAAUUUUACGCCUUUGUUAUGCUGUAGGAGUAUUUCACUAACUUGUGACUCCCCUCUUCUCAUAAUUUAGCACUUUGGAAUUGUUCAGAGUAAAAAUAAUGAAAGGAGUUUUUUUUCUUAUUUUCUUCAGGGAGGCACCAAAGCUCGUUCGUCAUCGUUGACCUCUAGAAAACCAUUAGACCAUGGUGACGUUGAAGUCCGUGUUCGCAGUCCUGAGGUAAGCUGAAAAAUAAUUUUUAAAAAAACUGUGGACUCGCAGUAUCGGGUUUAUUAUGCUGGAUGGCCUGCGAGCAGGCUUGCCUAUGCUAGUCUAAGGUUGGUGAUAAUUUUGGCGGCAGGGCUGCCACCCCGCGAGGAAAGGCUCACUUGUGGAGUUCGGGGAAAAUUAUGGCAGCCAAACUCGCACAAGUGAGCUUGCUCGCAGGCUGUUUGCUGGAAAAGUCGCUGGAGCUUACUUUUUUUAAGAGUUAAAGCCAGGCAAACUGUUUUGUCAGUUAAUAGUAUAGUUUGGUCUCGGGGUGAACUCUAUUAUCUAAUAUUAUCUCCAUUAUCUAACACUUAUAAGCAGACUGAAUGCAAAUCGGCAGAAAGACUUUAAACUAAAAUUUUGAAAAUGCUAGUAAAAAUAAAAAAAUUCUAACAAAUGUAAAACGUUAAUGCGAGUGUGACAUAUGAGAAAAAGAACAUUCAUUUCUUAGAUUGCAACCACUUACGGACUAAAUAAUUCGUCAUAUCGCUUUUUAGUACAAUUCUCUAGUUUUAAAUUAUGCAGUUACUGUAAGUUCACUCAUGCUUUAUAUUACGCAAGUAUCGUAAAAGUUGUCCCUGAAAAAUGAUGCGUAACGUUAUUGCUUCCCAGGCUAUUUUUAUUCCGUGACGCUCUUCUUAGUAAUUUGCAUCUAACCAUUUGAGCUGUUCUAUACGAAUAUAUUUUUGCGAAUCCUGACUCUUUCUCGGCAUCUACUGACACCGUUUGAUAGCCUGUCUUAACAUUGUUCUGCGUAACGUUGUUACAUUGUGAGCAGUUUAAACUCGUUUAAACGUUUCGUCAACAUCAUCUCAACAUUCCAUUUGUUCUUGAAAUAUUGAAUAGACCGUUUCCUAGUUCCAAAUACCCUCAAUUUUAAAGUGGGACCAAGUGCAAGAUUUUUCUUUUGAAGUGAGGUUUAUUUGCAUGAAAAUAAAAAUGAACAUUUCCGAGUGUGCUUCGCCAUUUCCGAGUGUCCUUCACACACAAAUCAUUGGCACGUUAAGUUGUUUUCAUCACUUCUGUUGUAGCCGUUUCUUUCUUUUUUUAAUUUCACGCGUUUAGAACUUAAAUAUUCAAUUUAUAUUGAGCAAAUUCCUCAAACCUCUUCUGUUUAAGUGGUGCAUGACAACAACUUCAUAAAGGUAAAAAAAUGUAAUUAAAAUUACUCGGAAACAAAGAAACUGUAAGCGUCAUUUUAUAUUGCAACUCCAAGUAAGCAGCCAUGGUGGUCUUUACGAAUGCUUGGAAUUCUUUCUCGGUAAGCAGUGAGCAAUAUUUAAGUUUUUGAUACCUAUUCUAAGUUAAAAUAACUUCCUGAUGUAAUAACUGCGAUGAACCAGUUGGAGACUACGCUUUUCCAUCGUUAUCUUGAAGCCAUUUCUAAAAAAUGUAUGGCGAAGAUGCCGGAUUAAAGAUAUCAAAAAUAACUGAUUUGAUUUAAUCUCGGCAAUAACCUUCGGAAAAGAGGAUCUGCCCCAUUAGGACGCUGGUAGCUUGUAAAUUAGCCGUUUUAUUGACAAACGUGCCUUACGUAUUUUUCACUUAGAAACUCUAAUUAAAACUAAUUAGUAGAAAUUUAGAAAGUGCCUUUUAUCUAGGAUAUUUGAAUAACUCACUGGGGGACUUUUAAUUUCAUUCGUUUUGUUUAUCUGCCACUGUCUGACUUGUUAGUAUAAUGAAAGUUUGUGUCUACCUGCUAUCCAAAAAACGAAAACUAAUGUUAAGACGCACUUGACCAACUCAUUUAAGUAUUGAGUACAACCGAAAGGAGUUUUACAAGAAGAGCCAGUAGUGACAGUUGUCAGCGGUCGGUCGGAGGCAGGUGCGCAGGAGUUCUCAAUUUCGUUUAUAUGACGUAAGUUUCCGUCAGCGUGAGGAGUGUUUCAGCCACAUUUGUUUGCCGUCCGCCGAGAGGUUUUUCCAGCAAGGUUUUCUAAAAUAUAUUAAACUCGCAACCUUAUUCUUUUCUUAACCUGACAUCGUUCUUUUCCCGUCGUUAUUCUUAGGCGAAAAACGAUCACUCCUUGGACGAGAAUUUCUUUGAGUUCCUAACCCGUUGCCAAGGUAACCGUAUGGACGAACAGCGCUGCGAGCUACCUAAACCAAUCGAAAAGAGCAAAAGCACUGAGGAUAUGUUAGACAUGGUGGAACGUGUGCAAGGAGACAGAAUGAAUGAACAACGCAGUGACUUGCCUGCCGACGAAGACCCUUCACUGAUAAGUACGUAUUAUAUGAGCAAUCGUGAUAUAAUAUUAGGGAACUUAAGCAGCGACGACGGCGACGUCAAAGAGAACGGCGAAAAAAACAAUAGGUUUAGAUUAGCAAAACCACAACUUUGCACGUACAUCACGUUUUUUUGUACAUUUCGGGGAGCAAGGGAUGGCGCAGGGGUGAGAGCGCUCGCCCCCCACCAAUGUAGCCCGGGUUCAAAUCCCGGCGUCGACGCCAUAUGUGGGUUGGGUUUGUUGUUGGUUCUCUCCUUUGCUCCGAGAGGUUUUUCUCCGGGUAAUCCGGUUUUCCCCUCUCCUCAAAAACCAGCAUUUCCAAAUUCCAAUUCGACCAGGAAUCAGGUAGACGAAGACCCACUUCGUGGAUGUGCUACCCCCAAAUCAUUGUUUAAUUUUGUUUAAUAACAUUUCUUUUCUGUUGUUGCACGUUCACGACAUGAAAAUACCAUUCCCUAAUGAUCCCAAAAGGGGGGUGGAGAUCAAGACAAGACAUGACGCGCGCAUCAGUCACUCGUAUCCUAAUCCACCCUUUUCUCACCUUGGAGAAAACUUAUCCCCGGUAGAAGGGUCACCCGCCUACCCGAACAACCCUUGGCGAGCCAAAGUUUCAAAAAACUUGUCGAAUAUUUUAUGAGAAACAAAAAGUUGGCUCGUCUAGAAGGGUGACCCUUUUUCGAUGGUCGGGUCACCUUGUAGCCGGGCCUUCCCCAUAUAAACACUUUGGCUCGCCCAGCCGGGUCAACUCGGUCACGACGAGACAAGACUUUAAAAAGUUGUCUCGGAGGGUGACCCUCCUCUCCAGGACAUCUCUUCCCAAUAAAAACGAGGCCUUGGUGACCUUACAUGUAACCAGUAGAAUUUGAUAUUUUGCUGUUAGUUUUGUACUUGAAACCAAUGUAAAGUUGUAUCAUUAUUUUUCUUGUAAUAAGGAAAAAGGUCCAAGAAGGGAGAAAGUGGUACCAGUGAUGACGCCCUGUACGAAAUGGUGCUGCGAAGUCAGGUAAGGUUUUUUUUUUCCUUCCUGUUAACGGACAUGGAAUAAAUAUGUAAGAAGUCAAGUUCAGUGUGAAAUUAUCCCCAUUUUGUUUUAUUAUUAGCUUUUCCCAACCUUAGCGGAUUUAACCUGAACUACAGUUAACAACUGAGUAUAAGAACUUUGUGGAUUCACGAUUUUCACAUAGACCAUUGUUUCCAAUUUCUCUCGGGUUUUACAGUCGUCCCAAGAGAAAUCGAAGACAAUGAUUAAUGCCAAAAUGUUGGGGGUCAACAAGGUGCGUUAUGGUUUAUGUGAAAAUGACGAAUUUAGAGCCCAAAAUCCGGUUGUUCAAACGCUGGACAGCGCUAUCCACCGGAUAAGUCAGUAUCAGCGGAUAAGUACUGGGAAAACGAAUUGCGUUUUUCACUGGAUAGUGAUUUAUCCACUGGAUAAAGGAGCCAAGUAGCUGAUUGGAAAUUUGACCCCGUUAAAUAUGAACCUUUUCAGCUUGAAUUUUGAAGGUUGUCCAUUACGCACGAAUAAAUUCCACUUGAAACGCGAAUAGAUUCUUUUUCAUUUUUGGCAGGGUAGAAGCAAAGAUGAAAUAGGUUUUUGUUUGAUGUAUGAUCGGCCUGAUAAAGUAAAUUCAAAAAGCAGGCACUGCACGAGUAAAAUGUACUUUACAACAACUACCUGUACUCUGAUCUGUUGAGUGACCUAGUUCCAGUAUGAAUAAAUCCCAUAGCUACCCCUGAAUAACAUAAGAACCCUCAUUUUCUCGAGGCCCACUAAACAAACUAUGACUUUGUCUUCCCCCAGUCUCAUCGUAUUGAGGAUCAGCGCUCAGAGCCUCCGCCUUCUGCGCCCACGGUACCAGACGAGGACUUCUUCGGUCUCAUACUUCGCUUGCAGUCAAACAGAAUGGACGAUCAGCGGUCUUCUGCUCCUGGUGGUGCGAGGCAUCAAUUACAACCCAGGCGAUAGUGGCUGCUUAAUUGCCAAUGUAAACUUGUACAAAUUAUAUCUUUUAGAGUGAUUAGUGUUCUCUAGCUGGUUAGAGUGGUGAAAUACUCUUUUCAUGAGUAAAACACGACAUCUAACCACCAAGAGAAGGAAAAAGGUCAAGAAGCACCAGUGUGGCGUGAGAUCGCGUGAUAAUGGAUUUCGUUUCUUAUGCACAGUACGCGUCGUCACGAAAUUCCCUCAUGACACCAUGUAACGAUGUUCCGUGACAAGGUUAAAAAUGCGAGCAACGUGGACCCUAGCCUCUCAUGUAGCUUCCCACGCAGACGUUUUUUUUUUCUCGUCACGCAGUCUUCCCCAACGAGGCGGGAACGCGUGACGAACCCCGCAAGAACGUCUACGUAGACCCAUAACAAAAAGGUCGCGAUAAGGAUGGUCAGGUGAUUAGGAUUUUAGCCAAUCUAUUACAGUUACUUAUUAAGCUAAGUGUAAAGAUUUUAACGCCAUAUACGCACAUGUCUAAUGACUAGAAAGCCAUUGUCCCUUUUAAUAGUCACAUGUCUUGUACGCGACAGUCACAUGGCCGCAUAGCAUUCAUAACGCCCUAGAAUGGGGAAUUCCAAUUCCCCUAUCCAGAAACCACAAGGGAAUGGGGUACAAGCUUUCGGCGCAACUACUUCCGAGAUCUUUGGGUUGGACAAGCGUUACUUGGUUGCCUUGAAUACCAUCGACCAAUCGUAAUUAACGCUUGUCCACACAAACGAUCCCAGAGAUCACUGCGCCCAAAGCAUGUACUCAUUCUCCCUAACGUUUCUGAAGGGGAGAACAACGUUUGGUCUUUUAUUUUUCGAAAUUCAUUAAAGACAGUUAUUUUACCAUGGGUUGUUAUUAUCUCAUUAGAUAUUUUUAUGGGGAAAAGAAUAAUUUGCCAUCACCCAAUUUCGUAGAUAACUGUACUUAGCGAUUGUAAAAUGCCAGUUGUCAAGUCUUAUUUAAAUCUUCGUUCGUGUUUCUUGCAGAUUUAAAUCUUCAAAUUAAAUACGGUUGCAAAUGAUUAUUGUAGAGGGAAUUUUAUUCUUUAAAGGAAAGAAAACUAUUUCUUAGAAGAUGUA